GCAUAUGACCUGCAUAAAGACAAUAUGGAACAUCACUGACAAAAAAUUAUAAAUCCAUUAUUAACAUUUCUGGAUUAAUCCACUAUGGAAAAACUAUGGAACACUGAUGGAAAUCAGCACCCAGGAAUUGCCAUUUGAUGCAUCACUGUAUCAAAUACAUUUAAUCUAAAAAUAUUUUUAUAUUUACAUAAUUUCAGGCCUAAUGGUGACAUAUUGUAGCUUCAUAAAGUGGCCACAAAGGUAAAUAAGACGCCGAUUGAAAAUGGAUGAAUAAUAUUUUGAUAGAUAAUCCAUUUUUUAAAAUGAAAAAUGAUUGCCACUAUUUUGAAAAUAAAGAUGAGGGUGUUCGACACUUACUGGUUCUUACACAUUAAUGGCCGUUGUUUUAUGUGAUAAACUACACUAAAACACCAACACUUUAGAGAAACUUACUUAAUACAUUUGCAAAAGUAUGUGACUUUACAGGCAAUAAUAUAUUUUAAUAAGUGUUAAUAUCUCAAGCAUUACGUGCUGGCAAAUGGCACCUAGUUCAAGAUUUUAUAAUCUAUUGUAAUGAAAUGUAUACAUUAGGAGUUACUUAAGUGUCCAAAUAUAUUAUGGAGCAGCUGUAGGAUAUACUUUUAAAAUAUUGAUGCUACCAAUAUAUAGCAUUGUGUGAGGACAUAUAUCAAGCGCACAGAGUUCAACUCGAGCUGAAUGAAACCCACAAAAACCAUGUUGUGCACCAACAGGUUGUAUCUGUCAAUCAUAGGGCUUGCGUUAAUUGUGAUGACUUUGGUUAUCUGCACUGGUUAUUGGGUUCAGACUAAUUCAUUGAAGAAGUUAAUCAAACUCUAACUGAAAUGAUCUCACGCUCCACUCAAGCACACGCAUUCCAGAGUCCCGAGACCUGGGUGCAUGAUUUUAUCCCAAGCAUGUGACACAGCUGAGGGUCUUGCAUGUGUGCGUUUGGGGAGGGAGACUACACAAUGCAGUGGGUAAAGAGAGAGUGAUUCAUAAAGUGUUCCUGACUCUACUGAAAUUGUUUCACGCUUUUUUCGUUGCUCUGCGUAUCUAAUGUAACUCACUCUCUUUGGAUAGCUCGCAAUGAACCCUUUAUUUGUCUCUCUGCUCCUCUUCUUCAUUCAGUAUCCGCGUCCCUCUCUACAACAGUUUCCAAGACCAUGCACCACUCCAGGGGUUCUCCAAAGCAAGCAGUGCUGUCCGGUUUGGACCGGAGACGGCUCCGUAUGUGGGAGCCUUUCGGGUCGAGGGUUCUGCCAGGAUGUAACUGUCUCGGACCUUCCCAACGGGCCGCAGUACCCCCACACCGGCGUGGAUGACCGGGAACAGUGGCCUUUAGUCUUUUACAACCGAACCUGUCAAUGCACAGGUAACUACAUGGGGUUCAACUGCGGCGAAUGCAAGUUUGGGUACUUCGGGACCAACUGUGCCGAGAGGCGCGAAUCUGUGCGCAGGAACAUCUUCCGGCUGUCGAUAACAGAGAGACAGCAGUUCAUCUCGUACCUGAACCUCGCCAAGAACACCAUCAGCCAGGACUACAUGAUCGUGACGGGCACGUAUGCGCAGAUGAACAAUGGCACGAUGCCCAUGUUCGCCAACAUCAGCGUGUACGACCUGUUCGUGUGGAUGCACUACUACGUGUCCCAUGACGCGCUGCUGGGGGGUCCCGGUAACGUGUGGCCCGACAUUGACUUUGCGCACGAGUCGGCAGCCUUCAUGCCCUGGCAUCGCGUUUAUCUGCUGUUUUGGGAGCAUGAGAUAAGGAAACUGACCGGGGAUUUUAACUUCACCAUCCCGUACUGGGACUGGCGUGACGCGGAGGACUGUCAGGUGUGCACGGAUGAACUGAUGGGAGGGCGCAGCCCCCUGAGCCCAAACCUGAUCAGCCCAUCCUCUGUUUUCUCAUCUUGGAAGGUGGUCUGUUCACAACCCGAAGAGUACAACAGUCGGGCGGUGCUAUGUGACGGUUCACCCGAGGGGCCGUUACAGCGCAACCCUGGCAACCACGACCGAAACCGUGUCAGACGGCUACCCACCUCUGCAGACGUGGAGGCAGUGCUGAGACUAACAGAGUACGAGACCGGACCAAUGGACCGGCGGGCCAACAUGAGCUUCCGGAACGCUCUGGAGGGUUUUGCGAGUCCAGAAACGGGUUUGGCAGUAACAGGCCAGAGUCUGAUGCACAACUCCUUACACGUCUUCAUGAACGGAUCCAUGUCUUCGGUCCAGGGCUCAGCCAACGACCCCAUUUUUCUUCUGCAUCACGUCUUUAUUGACAGCAUCUUUGAGCAGUGGUUAAGACGACAUCAGCCUCCGCGCACACAUUAUCCAACAGCCAACGCCCCGAUCGGGCACAACGAUGGUUAUUUUAUGGUUCCCUUCAUCCCUCUGUACAGAAACGGGGAUUAUUUCCUCUCUACCAAAGCUCUGGGUUAUGAAUAUGCAUAUUUACUUGACCCCGGCCAGCGGUUCGUGCAAGAGUUUCUGACGCCAUAUCUCGAGCAAGCUCAGCACAUCUGGAGCUGGCUCCUGUCUGCGGGAAUUUUGGGUGCGCUCGUGGCAGGAAUUAUCGCGACGAUCAUCGCCGUGGCGUGUCGCAGGAGGCAAAAAAGGAGGAAGGUGUCGGAGUACGGAGAGAGACAGCCGCUUCUGAACAGCAGCGAGGAGGAAGGUUCAACUUCAUAUCAGACGACGCUGUGAAUCAAACACACAGACUACAGGCACGUGUCAGAUACACUUGUACCACCGGGAAAAGUCACAACUGCCAGUUAACCCAGUCAGUUUAUAGAGUCACAUGACAAAUGAACCGUGAGGUGUGUUCGAGCUCAUGUGUGGCGCUGCGCAGACCGAUCGGCGAAAUUAACCGAUUCCAGUAGAGGGAGGAGUUGAAAAUGAGCAGUCAAGUCGGAUACCAGGAAAAAAAAGUCGGACACCUGCUGCUUGCCGUAGUGUUUCCUUUUCAAAGUGCGAUUGAAGUGGAUUCGAUUAGU